UUUGAGGUAAACCUGCAGAAUGGGAUCUUGUUUGUAAAUACCCGGAUAGACAGGGAGGAGCUGUGUGCCAAGAAUACAGACUGUAUUGUUCAUGUGGAAGUGAUUGUGGAGAAACCUCUGAGGUUCUUCCAUGUAGAGGUUGAAAUCAAAGACGUUAAUGACAAUGCUCCCAUCUUCUCUGCCAGGGAACAGAUUUUGAGCAUUUCAGAACUUAUAACAUCUGGCACCCAGUUCCUAUUAGAAGGAGCAUCUGAUGCAGAUAUUGGUAGUAAUGCUUUGUUAACUUACAAGCUCAGUACAAACAACCAUUUUGAUCUUGAUUCAGGAAGUGAUGAAGAUGCGAGUAAAUCUGUAGUACUUCUAUUGAAGGUUCCACUUGACAGAGAGGAGAGGCCUGUGCAUCAUUUAGUAUUGACAGCCACUGAUGGGGGUGAACCAAAACUCACAGGAACUGUUCAGCUAGUCAUCAAUGUGCUGGAUGUGAAUGACAACCCUCCUGUGUUUAACCAAUCUGUUUAUAGGGUAAAGUUGCUAGAAAAUACAGCUAGCGGGUCAUUAGUUAUUUCUCUGAAUGCAACAGACUUAGAUGAAGGGAUUAAUAGGGAAAUAUGUUAUUUUUUUCAUGAUAGUGUCACUCUACAUGUCACCAAGCUCUUUAGUAUAAAUUCUGAUACUGGGGAAAUCAGAGUAAUUGGAAAAUUGGAUUACGAAGAAAGUAAGUUCUAUGAACUUCCAAUUGUAGCAAAAGAUAAAGGCAGUUCUCCAUUAUCAACACAUUGUAAAGUUUUCAUUGAGGUUUUGGACAUAAAUGACAACAUCCCAGAAUUAUAUGUGAAUUCUCUCUCUGUGCCAUUGCCAGAGGAUUCCCCUCCAGGGACUGUGGUAGCCAUCAUCAGUGCUUCUGACAGGGAUUCUGGCAACAAUGGAGAAAUAAACUGUUUCCUCUGGCCCACUGGAAUACCCUUCAAACUUGAGUCGACAUUCAAGAACUACUACUCCCUAAUUGUUGGUGCAGUCCUAGAUCGAGAAAAGGUGGCUGAAUACAGGAUGGUUGUGAUAGUGGAAGAUCAAGGUGUUCCACCAUUGUCUUCCAGUCUUACCGUCUUAGUGUCCAUUAGUGACAUAAAUGAUAAUGUUCCAGCUUUCACACAGCCCUCCUACACAGUCUUUGUGAAGGAGAACAAUCCCCCU